AUUCUUGUGAAACUGUUAUUAUUUUUAGUUUUUACCGUAAAUAAACAAAGUCAUUGAUUUGUCAUACCAAUGUUCUUUUCACAAUAUGGAAGAACGAGAAAGUUUAUUGUGUAUUAGUUGUUUGUGUGUAGGCCGUACCUUAAAAGUGCUUCAUGAUGGGGAGUUAAAGAAAUUUUUUAUUGACGUUUUGAGAGAGGUUCCUCUAGCAAAUUUGAAUUGUUUGGCUCCAGAAAUUUGUUGGGAAUGUGAAGCUAUUAUUAAGAAGUCAUUAAGAUUUCGUGAACAAGUGAAAGAUUCAUAUAGAAUAUUACAGACCUACACCAUAGAGAGUCUCCGAGACUAUCUCCUGAGUGAUGUAUCUCGUCCACCAAGAUUAAAAGUUUGUCAUAAUAAGCCAGUUCUGAUAUUACCCGAUACUCAUGAUGAACACGAUGAAAUUAAGAUUGAAUACAAAGAUGUGACAAACUUGGAUGACAAAGAGUCUCAACAAUCGGAAUCUGAUAAUGACAUAAAUAAAGAAGAAGUUCCAACUGUUGUUUAUGAUGUCAAGUCGGAGUAUAAUAUUAAAGACACAAAUGAGGACGAACAUACAACUUGUUUUAUCAGUAGAUAUAUUGGUGACAAACAAAAUGUUGAUGGCACAUAUUCAGAAGAUAAAGCAUCUCAACUGUACGGAUCUGAUGAAAAUUUGUUUAGAGGAGAGAUACAAACAGUAACAUGUGAUGUCAAACCGGAGUAUAAUUUAAGAAAUGAAUACAGUGAUAGAGGUGGUAUUGGAAAUGGCGGUGAAAAUAUUACGAAACUGUGCCAUGAAGAUAUUAAAGAUGAUAUAUUUACAGAAACUGAUAUUUUGAUGACCAACGAAACAGAAUCUACUGAAACUGGAUACAUUAAGUCACAAAAUUAUUGUCAUGACAGCGCAUAUAGCAAUAAGAAACAUCGGGAUAAACCAGGUUCACAUAAAAAGGCACAAAAAGGUAGAAAAAAUGGGAAAAUAAUAGGGAAAUAUGAUACUGAAGAAGAACACGUUUCGAAAAAGAGAAAGACUCGCAUCACAGAACAACAGAUUUGCAACAGAGACAGAAAGCACAGGAGGAAACUGAACAAAAAUAUUGAAUUUAAGCGGCAUGAUAUUCCAAAGUCAGUUCAUAAACAAAUUGUAUCGAAAGUAAUGUCACAAGGAGCAGUGUUGGAAAAGAGAAAGAAACAGACUCAAGAUGAAAUCUAUAUAAACUCUGAUUACAAGUGUGACAGUUGUACUAUCGGGUUUUUAUCAUUUUCGUCGUAUAAGGCACACAUGAUUAGCAAACAUUCAUCGGACAUAGACAAAUAUAAACUCGACAAGAUUUGCAAUACAGUAACUCCACCAUUGGAAAUGUCAACGUCGCACUACAAAGGACAUAUUAUGACAAGAUACGACUGCGGUGUUUGUCAGGAGCGGUCACUGGAUGUUGACACUAUCUGUGAACAUCACGACACCACUCACACACAUUUGCCAGAUCCACGCGAAACUGAAAGUGAAACAGGGAAAUGCGCCGACGUGUCUGUAUCGUUGGAGACGCACAAGACCAGAAUGCAGUGUAGCGAUUGUGAUAAAACAUUCAGUCAUCGAGCUGGACUUAUGAACCAUAGAAUAGUUGUACACGAAUACAAAAAUGAAUUUCCUUGUAAUGUAUGCAAGAAGGUGUUCAGGUGGAAGAACAGUCUUAAGCGACAUCUGGAGAAGCACACAACUAAUGAAGGUUCGGGUGGGUACUGCUCUGCGUGUGGCAUCGGAUUUUCGUCUGUGUCCUCGCUACAAAGGCAUCUCAGGAACAGCUUGAAACACGUCACGCCAGACCAAUUGAGAUUUAUAUGCGACCACUGCAAACGCCGGUUCGCGGAUAAGACAAAACUAAGAGACCAUAUCGAGGAUAAACAUCUGAACAGGACUACAUACCAGUGCUACAUUUGUCACAAACCAUCGAAGAGCCGGGUGGGGUUGGAUCAACACAUACGAAAUGUACACAAGGGCAGACCGAAUAAUAAAAUAUGCCAUUACUGUGGCAAGGGUUUUCCGACGAAGGUGCAGUUAGAAUCUCACAUACGCACCCACACUGGUGAACGGCCUUUCAUAUGUGAAUACUGUCCCACAACAUUCUCUCAACAGUCGAACCUCUACAAACAUCACAGACAGGUCCAUCAGAAUAUUAAAAAGAAGAAGGCUGUUGUAAAGAGAACCAAAGAGGAAUGUCAUGGAACUACAAGUCAUGAAGAUCCAUCAAUACCAAUUGCCUUAAUACAAUACAUGGCUUUACCAGAUAGUGUCUUUUCAAUAUGAAAAUAUAAAGAUAAAUAUAA